AUGAGUAAGGAAAAUAUACCUUAUAGAAAAGCUCUUCAGAUGAUUAUAAAUAAAAAUCAAAUAGAAAUGAGCAAUAACUUAAAUAUACACUCUAAAGAUACUUUUGUCAAUCAAGAGAUGACAGAACAGCCGACACAAGUUUUGGAAAACCGUGGAGCUCGAAGUUAUAGUCAGGUUGUUACUAACGCUCAAGUUCAUAAGGAAAAUAAUCAAGAAUUAGCCUCAGAUGAAGGAACAAUACAAUAA